CGCCUUUGGCUGCAACUGGAAUUCGUAUUUCGACUUGAGCCCAGCCUUACAAUAUGUUUACUGUUUGCCGUUUACUGCUUACUGGCUGCCGUUACUUGCCCGUUUACUGUCUACUGUCUGCUCACCGUUAACUGCCUACCGUUUACUGUCUACUGUCUGCUCAUCGUUUACUGCUUACCCUACUAUAUUGGGUCCACGGAUGCUGAAAAGGUUGUGAGUAUAUUGAUAAUUCGUUGAUAACUCAAGGUACAUUUACUAGUGCUUUUGUGUUGAAAUAGUUGAGUUGACUUCAGAUCUUUGAAUUAUCUUCUUUUGUGUAGACCUGGUGGGCCAAUCAGGUCGAGCCUAGUCUUUGUUUAUCUAUUAAGGAAGCUUCUAUUUAUGUAUCACUGAUUGUAGUAUACUUACUUGUCCCUACUUUAUUAUACAUUACCUGUUAUUAGUAUCUCGUAUCGCAUUCUUCACUGAUCCUGU